AUAAAUUCAUCCAUACGAAACACCAAAAAUCACUUUUACUACUCUGUCAUGUCAAGUGUAAAUACAUCAAGUUUAUAUAUCUCAUUAACUAGACAUUCCAUUUACCACUGCAUCAAAAAAUGAUGAAGAACCCAGACUUGGAAGAAUCUAUCAGUUUCCCGGGAAAACCCUCCCAAUUCGCCGCCGAAUGCUGGUUCGAUGAUGCAUGCAUACUCGACAUGGACUACUUCGUCAAAACCCUAGCCGGAAUUAAAGCCAAAGGUGUACGUCCUGACCUCAUCGGUUCCAUAAUCACCCACUACGCAUCCAAAUGGCUCCCUGACCUCUCCGGCGACAGCAACAUUUCCGACCAAAAGAACCUAACCAACUUCUCAUCCUCUCCUGAAAGCAUCACCGGCUUGUGGAUGAGAAAACGCUUCUUCGUUGAAACCCUAGUGGGAGUCCUCCCUCCCGAGAAGGACUCCAUCCCAUGCAACUUCCUCCUCCGCUUGCUCCGCACCGCCAACAUGGUGGCUGUGGAGCCCGCGUACCGGGCGGAGCUGGAGAAGAGGAUAUCAUGGCAGCUGGACCAAGCCUCGCUGAAAGAGCUCAUGAUACCGUCUUUUAGUCACACAUGCGGGACUUUGUUGGAUGUUGAGCUUGUGACUAGGUUAGUUAAGAGGUUUGUGAACUUGGAUGAGGCGGCUAAGAGCGGAGCCGCCAUGGUGAAGGUGGCGAAGCUCGUGGAUUGUUAUCUCGCCGAGGCCGCCCUGGAUGCGAAUUUGAGCUUGAAUGAGUUUGGAGCGCUUGCUGGGGCUCUGCCUAGCCAUUCCCGUGCCACUGACGAUGGCUUGUACCGAGCAAUUGAUACAUAUCUCAAAGCACAUCCUGGAGUCUCCAAGCAAGAUCGAAAGAUUCUUUGUAGACUAAUCGACAGUCGAAAACUCUCCCCAGAGGCAUCUCUCCAUGCAGCACAAAACGAUCGCCUGCCUGUCCGAGCAGUAAUCCAAGUCCUCUUUUCAGAGCAAAGCAAGCUUCACAGGAACAUUGACUGGAGUGGCUCAUUCAGCGGUAGCGCCAGAAGCCCGAACCCCUUUCUUGACCAGCCAGCGCGGUGCUUUUCGAAGCGUGAAAUGAGUGCAAUGCAGAUGGAGAUAAGGAACUUGAAGGAAGAUGUGCUUAGGCUUCAAAACCAGUGCAACUCCAUGCAAGUACAGGCAGAGAGGAAAGACAAAAAGAAAGGGUUAUUUAAGUGGACUAGGAAUUUGGGGAUUUUGACUUCUUUUAGGGGUAAUGUGGGCGUCGUGAAGAUUAAUGAGGGUGGAGAUGGGGAGGUUGGGUAUGGGAAACAAACGCCAAUGGAUAUGAAGACCAUGCUUGUUAGAGCUAGGGCUACUCCAAAGUGGAGGAAAUCUGUAUCUUGAAUGUGAGAGAAAGAGUUGGGGGUUAAUGGGUUUUUUUGUAUUUAUUUGUUUUACGUACCUUUUAUGUUGUAUGUUUUUUUAUUGUGUGUUGUGACAUGAGAAGUAAUAAAGGUGAUGAUAACCGUUAGUUCUGCACAAUA